UGGUGGUUUAAAAUAUUUCGCAUCGUGGAAAAAUAAAUACAUUUCCUUCUGUUAUUCUUACUUCAGACAAGAAGAGCUUCGUGCUUACGUUGGAUGACCCGCCCACGUUAUUUUUGACGAUAUCGCGUUGUUAGGUUUGUUAACGACGGACCCUACGCAGUUUUCAUUAGGAGGCACAGUUGAGCGCUCGUUCGGUGUUGACGACACACAAACCCGCGACGAACAAAGGAAAAGGCUGGUGCACGCUUGUUAGUGCAUUUGGAGAGUGAUAUUAUACAACAAUUCAGCUAAAACUCACCAUAACGACCUUUUUGUUAUGGGAUUUUAACUUUAUAUAUUUUUUUAUCGGAAUAACAAAACAAUUGGCUUGAUCAUUCAGUCUUGUUAGCAGCAUCGGCUAACGUUAGCUUUGAUUGUGGACAACUGGUAAGCUAACUGCUAACUUUAGCCUUAUUUUCAUUCUAGCCGGUACUUUUUAGUUUUUGGCACAAUGGCUGAAGUAUAUAUUCGAGUGGCUGAGGAGGAAAAUGAGGAGCCAAUGGAGAUUCCGUCCGAGGACGACGGUACUGUUCUGCUUUCAACAGUGGCGGCUCAGUUUCCAGGGGCUUGCGGCCUACGCUUCAGGAGCCCCGUGUCUCAGUGCAUGAGGGGAGUGCGUCUGGUGGAAGGGAUCCUACACGCACCAGAAAACGGAUGGGGGAAUGUCGUGUUUGUGGUGAACUAUCCGAAAGGUCACACUUCAGACAACAAAAGGAAAAUGGAGGAAAUUGACGCUUCAUCUGCCGUGAAAAUGAAGAGAGGGGAUAUGAAAACAUCGGAUCUGAUUGUACUGGGCCUUCCUUGGAAAACAUCUGAGCAGGACCUGAAAGACUACUUUGGCACAUUUGGAGAGGUCAUCAUGGUUCAGGUCAAACGAGAUGCCAAGACUGGAAACUCUAAAGGUUUUGGCUUUGUGAGGUUCACAGAAUAUGAGGUUCAAGAAAAGGUUGUGUCCCAGCGCCAUAUGAUUGAUGGAAGAUGGUGUGACUGCAAGCUCCCUAACUCAAAGCAAGGGCCCGAUGAGCCAUUGAGGAGCCGGAAGGUGUUUGUAGGCCGUUGCACAGAAGACAUGACCACUGACGACCUGAGGCAGUUCUUUAUACAGUAUGGCGAAGUCACAGAUGUCUUCAUCCCAAAGCCAUUCCGUGCUUUUUCCUUCGUCACAUUUUCAGAUGAUCAGGUUGCCCAGGCUCUCUGUGGAGAGGACCUAAUAAUUAAAGGUGUCAGUGUUCACAUCUCAAAUGCUGAGCCCAAACACGGCAAUAGGCAGUUUGAUCGCACAACGCGGUUUGGAAAUGGUUUCGGAGCUCAGGCUUUUGGUAGCAGCCGUAGCGGGGCUAGCGGGGGCAGCGCUAACAGUAGUCUGUCUAAUUUUGGUUCCUUCAGUCUGAAUCCGGCUAUGAUGGCUGCGGCCCAGGCAGCUCUUCAGAGUAGUUGGGGGAUGAUGGGAAUGCUAGCUAGCCAACAGCAGACAGCCACCCCAGGCAGCACCUCUAGUGGAACUAGCUCCAGCAGGGACCAGAGUCAGUCCUUCAGUGCGGCCAACAGCAACUACGGCGCCAGCUCGGCCAGUCUCGGCUGGGGAACAGGGUCAAACUCUACAACCAGCGGUAGUGGGUUUAGCUCAGGGUUUGGGUCCAGUAUGGAGUCAAAGUCAUCUGGGUGGGGUAUGUAAACGAAAUGUCUGUAUGGUAAGUAUUGUGACAGAGAUGAGUCUUUUCACAUUUUUAUUUCUGGUUUUAUUGCGUAUCUGACAAACGUAACACUUUAGUGGAAGAUGUUUUGUACAUUUUGAAAAAAAGCUAAAGAUUUAAUUUAGAAAGUUUUGCAGUGAGUUGUUUAGCAGGAUGUCUGACUAAAGUGCUAUUUUUGACGUCUCAUUUGUUUGUAUCCAUUUCAACUGGAUUCUCUAAUGCAUGUAUUGUGAAAUGUGAUAUAGCCAUUUUGAAAAAAGCAUGAAUGUUUAUGGAUCACCAUCAUGCGGCUUUGUCACCAACCUAAAAGGCAAUCUUGCAUUGGGAAGAAUCUGGUUGAAACCUAAAUGUUUUAAAUGCAACUUUAUUUGCAGUCAAGUUCUGUGGAAAAGCCUUCAUUGAAAUCUCUUCUGCAGUUCACCUCUCUUCCAUUUUCCUGUGAGGAAGCUCCUCUAUGGCAGCAUUCUUGGGGUGAUAUCGGUAUCAUUCUCCCUCUUCCCACCUGUAAAUGCUAUGCCAUCAAAGAACGGCUUCACUCCGCAUGUUCUAAGAGACGGUGGGUGUUUUCACUUUUAUCCACUUUUAAAUGGAGAGAACUGCGCAACUGACAUUUUAAGAACUGAUGAGUGCGAUUGAGGAUGGCUUGUGACGAAGAGUGAAGCGAUGAGUGAGCGAACGGAGAGACGCGUGAAACGGACUGGUUGUGCAGUGAAAGAGCCCAAUUUGAUUGCUUUUUGAAUGUGUGAGUGGAAGCUGCGGAUGCUACGAGCAUCUCCCCUAACAUGGACAUUCUUUAAGUAGUACUUCAAGAUUUUUUUUCUCUAUCUUUGCAAGUUUUCCUUACUCUUAAGUAUGUUGAUCAAGUGCAGAAAUAUCAAAAUGUAGUGGAAUGUUGUGAUGGAUAUUUGUAUUGCUUAUAUUAUCUGAUUUGAAUGAUGUAUGGUGUGUGAUUUCCUGUUCUUGAACUGAUCUGUAAGUGAGUUCUUGAUGUGGAUGACAUCUGCUGAAGACUCUGGGGGACGCGAGUGAUAGUGUGAGCGUGGAGUGGUGUGUCCAAUAGUUCCCAGCAGCUCUUGUGUUGUUUGUGAGGUGUUUGAAAAAAAAAAAAAUGUCAAAUGGAGGGAGUUCUCUAAUAAAGUUCAUUUGAAUAGAUG